CAGAGCACAUGGUAUUUGAACUUAUCCUGUAACAAGUUCAAACUGGGACCCUAUUUAGAGUGCUGUAAUUAAUGUACAGCAAACACGUCUGGAGGAGUAUGCUCUUUCCUGGUUCCUGUCAUUUCACAAGUGCUGCGACAAGAUGGUCGCUCUUGGGAUAUAGUGUCCUGGUAGUAUCAAUUAUUGUCAAUGGGGCUGUCUUUCAGCACUUCUAUACCAGGAACAUUAGCCCUAGGACCGUGGAAACAUACACAUUUGUUGAAUUUGACUUUCCAUUGAGCGUCAUUCCAAUCGAAAACUACCCUUACAAUUCUCGCCUGCUGGUUGAGGACACCGUGAGGUACCAGUUGAAUUCUACAGAGGAAUGGCGCUCUAUGUUUCCAGAGAGUGGUGGAUUUGUUCGUCUAGGUUCACAACAUCGCUUGUUUGGUGUCUCAAUGUUUCACCAGCUCCACUGCCUGGACAAGUUGAGACAAUCUGUUUUGGCGGUGCCUUCUACUCAGUGGGAGCGAUGGCAUACACAACACUGCUUAAAUUACUUGCGCCAAAUGAUACUCUGUGCUUCCUCAAUGCGCUUAGAGGAUGUAAAGAAUGGUGAAAAGGUGAAUGGACUGGGAUUGGAACAUAAAUGCCGUGAUUGGAGUGUUUUGUAUAAUUAUGCAGCAGAAAAUUUCAAGGAUUGGCCUGCAGAUGUUUAUCCGUAAC